GAUAUCAGAGCUUUGCUGAUAGAUGCCAUGCCUCCAGAGGCCUUACCUACCUGUUUUAAGCCUCAGGCCACUGUAGUGAGUGCCUCUCUGAUCUCACCAGCAUCCACCCCAUCCUGCCUGUCCGCCGCGAGCAGCAUAGAUAACCUCACGGGCCCGUUAGCGGAUUUGGCGGUAGGAGGAGCGUCCAACACGGGGGAUGGCGCAGCGGGUGCAGAAAGGAAGGAAGGAGAAGUUACGGGUCUUGACAUGAAUAUCAGCCAGUUCCUAAAAAGCCUUGGUCUUGAACACCUUCGGGACAUCUUUGAAACAGAACAGGUAAGCUCUCGUAUAUAGUUGACUUUUUAUUAA